CUAACAUUCGGGGUGUUUUCGAGAUUAAAAAGGUUAUAAGGGCAAUACCCACAAAAACCAGCGAGCACUUUUUCAAUAUUUUGAAUUUUCUAAAAGGAAGAAGAAAAGCCCUAAAGCUUUCAAGAGAAGACACUGACGAAGAAGAGAAGACCUCUUCAAAUGCUCGCGCGAACUCUCUUCCUCCAAAGUAAACCAUAGAACCAACCUUCUCUCCCUCACUCACAUUCCCUAGAAGACGAACGAAAAUGGCGAACAAGCUCAAAGUCGACGAACUCCGUGGAAAGCUCGCCGAGCGCGGACUCAGCACCACCGGACUCAAAUCCGUUCUGGUGGAGAGGCUCGAAGAGGCUAUCGCGGAAGAAGCGAAGAAGGACGAAUCGAAGAGGAAGAGGAAACGAACCGUUGAUUCAUCGGACGGUGAUGAUGAAUCGAACAAAUUGAUUGCGAUUGGGGAGCUUCGUGCGAUGAAUGUGAAGGAGCUGCGCGAGGAAGCUGGUAAGAGAGGCUUAGCUACAACUGGUACCAAAAAGGUGCUUCUCGAGAGGCUCUGCAACGACGCAAACAAUGAUUCCAGUGCCUCAGUCAAGUCAGGGACAGAUGGAGCUGAAGACGACGAUGAUGGCUUUGAGGAAGAAAAGAAAGAAGAGAAAAUCGUAACUGCCACAAAGAAGGGAGCAGCGGUGUUGGAUCAGUGGAUUCCUGAUAACAUAAAAAGCCAGUACCAUGUUCUACAAAGGGGUGAUGAUGUUUAUGAUGCCAUGUUGAAUCAGACGAAUGUCAGGGAUAAUAAUAACAAGUUCUUUGUCCUACAAGUGCUAGAGUCUGAUAACAAGAAAACAUAUAUGGUCUACUUCAGAUGGGGAAGAGUUGGUGUGAAAGGACAGAGUAAACUAGACGGGCCUUUCCACUCAUGGGAUCGAGCAAUAGAAAUAUUUAGCAAUAAGUUCCUUGAUAAGACAAAGAAUUUUUGGUCUGACAGAAAGGAGUUUAUACCUCAUACUAAGUCCUAUACAUGGCUCGAAAUGGACUAUGGCAAAGACGAUAAUGAUUCAGCUGUUGUCAAUGAUGUUCCCAAAUCAUCUUCUGAAGUUAAACCGGAGGAAUCAAAACUAGAUCCCCAGGUUGCCAAGUUCAUCUCUCUUAUAUGCAAUGUAAGCAUGAUGGCACAGCACAUGAUGGAAAUAGGAUACAACGCUAACAAAUUGCCACUUGGCAAGCUAAGCAAGUCCACAAUAACAAAGGGUUAUGAAGUGUUGAAGAGAAUCUCGGAGGUAAUGAGCCGGUUUGAUAGAGCGAGGCUUGAGGAACUCAGUGGAGAGUUCUAUACUGUGAUACCUCAUGAUUUUGGUUUCAAGAAAAUGAGUCAGUUUGUUAUAGACACUCCCCAAAAGUUGAAACAGAAAAUAGAAAUGGUUGAAGCAUUAGGUGAAAUCGAACUUGCGACAAAGUUGCUGUCCAUCGACCCGGGAUUGAUGGAUGAUCCUUUGUAUUAUCACUACCAGCAACUUAAUUGUGGAUUGACGCCAGUAGGAGCCGAUUCAGAAGAGUUCUCUAUGGUUGCCAAUUACAUGGAGAACACUCAUGCAAAAACGCAUUCGGGAUACACAGUUGAGAUUUCUCAGCUAUUUAGAGCUUCAAGAGCUGGUGAAGCUGAUCGAUUCCAACAGUUCUCAAGUUCGAAGAAUAGGAUGCUACUUUGGCAUGGGUCACGUCUCACUAACUGGGCUGGUAUCUUAUCUCAAGGUCUUCGGAUAGCUCCUCCUGAAGCACCAGUAACUGGUUACAUGUUCGGAAAAGGGGUUUACUUUGCUGACAUGUUCUCCAAGAGUGCAAACUAUUGCUACGCUAACAGUGGUGCUAAUGACGGCGUCCUGCUCCUCUGCGAGGUUGCUUUGGGAGACAUGAAUGAGCUUCUGAAUUCGGAUUAUAACGCGGAUAAAUUGCCUCCGGGGAAGCUAAGCACAAAAGGUGUGGGGAGAACAGCACCAAACCCAUCAGAGGCUAAGACACUAGAAGACGGUGUUGUUGUUCCACUUGGCAAACCAGUGGAUCAUUCAAGCUCCAAGGGGACUUUAUUGUACAACGAGUACAUUGUCUACAAUACGGAACAAAUCAAGAUGCGAUAUGUGAUCCAAGUCAAAUUCAACUACAAGUACUGAAAACACUUACGUAGAGUAUUGAACCGACCAGCUCAUAUUCAACACUUUGAUGCGUAUUGGACUUGUUUUUGCAUUCGGCUUGGGAUUUAACCCAAUGAGUGUACCCCCACUAGUGUGCUUUAAGAAAGCUUGUUAUGUGUGCGUGCGGCUCUCAUCUCGCUAAUCUGAAUUUGAACUUUUUCUUUGUAAAUGUCUGCUUUUAAAAUAAGAUAUUUAUUUCUGCAUUUUAAUUGA